CUGAAUUCUGACAAUGCCCAGUUCUGAGGAAGGGUCACUGGACUUGAAACAUUAACUCUGUUUUCUCCUCCACAGAUUCUGUUGGACCUGCUGAGCUUUUCCAGCAACUUUGUUUUUGUUCCUGAUGUAACAAAACACUUUUUAUCAUUCAUUCACAGGAUGAGAGUAUCAUUAGCCAGGCCAGGAUUUAUUACCCAUUUCUUUACAGUUAAUGAAGCUGCUGACAACAGCAACAUGAUAAAAGAGUUUCUCAUUGUGUUGCUUGAGGUUUAUAAAUGGGCCUGGGACAAUGGGAGGAACCUAUCUGUUCUUCUGCAAAAUAAUUGGGAGAUUUCACAUCUCUCCCAAGAGGCCGAUGGGCUCCUGUUACCACUGUCUCUGAGGGGCAGUGACUGGGACAGCGCUAUACUCUGUCAGCAUCAUAGGCUCAAGUGUCAGGAAUGGGACUUGAACCCAUACCUCUGGGUCAGAAGAUUAGGUUGUUAUCCAUUGUUUCAGACUGUUGCUGACCCUCACUCUCAUAGAGUCGUAGACUCGUAGAGAUGUGCAACAUGGAAACAGACCCUUCGGUCUAACUCAUCCACGCCGACCUGAUAUUCAAAAUAAAUGUAGUCUCAUUUGCCAGCAUUUGGUCCAUAUCCCUCUAAACCCUUCCUAUUCAUAUACCCAUCCAGACGCCUUCUAAAUGUUGUAAUUGCACCAGCCUCCCCCACUUCCACACAUGAACCACCCUCUGCGUGAAAAAGUUGCUCCUUAGCUCCCUUUUAUAUCUUUGCUCUCUUUCCUUAAUCCUAUACCCUCUAGCCUUGGAAUCCUUGGGGAAAAGACCUUGUCUAUUCACCCUGUCAAUGCUCCUCAUGAUUUUAUAAACCCCUAUAAGGUCACCCCUCAGCCUCCGACGCUCCAGGGAAAAUAGCUCCAGCCUAUUCAACCGCUCCCUGUAGCUCAAACCCUCCAACCCUGGCAACAUCCUCAUAAAUCUUUACAUUCCAGUUCUGCAGAAGGGUCACUGAACCUGAUGUAUUUACAUUGUUUCUCUCUUCGUAGACACUGCCAGACCUCCUGAGUUUCUCUGGCAUGUUCUGUGCUUGUUUCUGAGCUUUCACUCUCUGGAUUAGCAUCGCUAUGACACCAACGGAAUGAGGAGAUGUCACCUACUGGAGUUUAACACAAAUCUACCCCACAUCUGCUGCCCCUCCACUCUCCCACAAGUACCUCACGAGUGACGGUGAAAAUGAACCCCUCUGUCUGAGGAGAAGGGCAAACUGCAGAGCCUCGUAGAAAACAACCUGCACAGGCAGUGCCCUAAUGACUGUCCACACAGCUCCCAACCAGUCCCUGGCAAUGUCCUCAAAUCUCAGCACCAUCGACAGCUCCAAUGACACACUCCCUUGCCCUGAAGGCAAUUUCUGGGAGUGGAUGUACACCUUUCAGCCUAUUUACAUCAUGGCCGUGUGCAUCAUUGGCAUUGCAGGCAACAGCUUUGUCCUGAUGGUCUUGUGUUUACAGAAAGGACGUUGCACGGUGCCAGAGCUAUACCUGGGGAGUCUCGCUGGGGCUGACCUGCUCCUCUUGGCUGGCCUCCCUUUCUGGGCCGUUAGCAUUGCCCUCCGCUACAAAUGGCCUUUUGGAGAGUUCCUGUGCCGUUAUGUCAACUCAGUGAUUUACAUGAACUUUUACGGUAGUAUCUACUUCCUGGUGAUGGUCAGCAUCGACCGCUACUUCGCUCUUGUGAAAGUCCUAUAUCACGGCAGAAUACGGACACUCUCAUGUGCCAAGGUCAACUGCUUCAUCAUCUGGAUGUUCAGCUUGCUGAUGAGUAGCCCCAGCAUCAUAUUCCGAAGAGUGAUCCAUGUGGAAGAAUUGAACAUGUCUGCUUGCCUACUCGAUUACCCUAAUCAUUACUGGAUACUGAAGAUGGACAUUGUGAUGAUGGUCAUCGGCUUCCUCAUUCCUGCAACCAUCAUCAGUUUCUGCACCUUUCAGAUCCUAAAUGUCCUCAGAAACAACCAAAUGCAACGCUUCAAGCAAGCGAGCAAGGAAAACAAGGCCACCACCUUGGUGUUCGCUGUCCUUUUGGUCUUUGUCAUUUGCUGGCUGCCUUUUCAACUCAUCCGGUUCCUCAGGAUCUUUCAGUUUACAAACAUCCUGCAGGGCUGCUCCUUAGCAAGUGUGAUUAGUAACAGCAGCCAGAUUGCUACCUUCUUGGCCUGUACCAACAGCUGCAUCAACCCUGUGCUCUAUGUCCUUGUUGGAAAGCAGUUCAGGAAGAAAGCGCGAGAUCUGUGGGUCCGAGCCAGGACCAUGUCAUUAAAAACUUUUAAUGACUCCCUCACAAAUGGUUCCACGUCAGCAGAGAGUUAACAUCUCGAUAGGAGCAGAGAUGAAGCCACCUCUUCAGCCGCCUUCUCACAUCAGCUAUGUUUCUUUCUGCAAGUGACAGGGUAGGCUGUUGCAAAAUGCAUGUAAAUUGUGUAAAUUAUUUCAAGGAAGGAAUGGAAUGUGUUAGAUAUCAGCCAGCUCCCAGGUCUGUCCCUGAUCAUUUUUUCUCAAUAGCAGAGAGAUGUGGCAAUAUCCAAGGCCCCUGGAGGAUCAGGAGGACAUUUGUGUGUGGGUCCUGGUUGUUGAUUGUCUGCAGGGGUUCAGCUGAGGACAAGGUCAAGAUCAGCCACUGUGCCAAGCACAGUACUCACCUCGAGAUAACAAGGUGUGGAGCUGGAUGAGCACAGCAGGCCAGGCAGCAUUUAAGGAGCAGGAAAGCUGAC